AUGAAUCCAGAUAUAAUUUGCAAUUUAUACUCUUAAGCCUAAUAUUAUUAGUAAUACUACUACUUCCCACAACAAUAAUUCCUUUAAUAUAUGAUGCUCUAGAAUUAGACCCCUACACUGCCUAUACUCUAAUAUAAAUACGAUACUCCGACUCUCUUAAAUAGUGGAAUUACUCAGCAGUCGAUUGAAUCAGUUAAUACCACUAAAACUGUCCAAAAUAAUCAUACAACUGAAGUUAACUCUGGACAAUAAGAAAAGUGUCCAUCGAUUGAAGAUGACUCUCAAUCAAGAGUAAAUGGUACGUAUAAUUCUUAUGCUUAGGACAUUGGACAAAAUAAGAACAUUUAUAAUAUCUAGAAUUCGUUAAGAGUCACGAGUCUAUCCUUAAGUCCAAAUAUGAUAAGAAUCAAUUCAUCCCAACAAGAACAGCCACUCAAUGCAGAUCUCAUCAUUAGAAAUUCAAUCCUUUUUCAAAAAGUAAAAAGAAAAGUAGAUUUACGAAUAAAAUCCCAACCGUUAUCCAAUCCUGAAAUUGUCUUCUUUGAUUCUAUUUAUGUUAUUUUACAAAUUUGUAUUUGGAAUAAAUUUCUCAAGCUGUUGUAUCCUGUAUUAAUAUUUAAAUAUAAGUGCAAAUACAUAAAUCAAAAAUAAUUUGUGAUAUAUUUUUAAUUUGAUUUUAGGUUUAUAAUGACUUAUUAUUUGUGCAUAUUAAGGCAGUUAAAGCCUAAUAUAUUUGUUUGUAUGUUCCUAGUCCCAUGUGAACUAGCUAAUUUCAUCAUAAAGCUACUGAAUCCCUCAUAAUGA